AUGACUGUCACCUUACCGGAUGAUCGAGUCCUAACUUUCGGCCUAUACGGCGCCGGAUCCAAAGACCUUCCCCCAACCGCUUCGCCCAGCCCGAAUCAGCCCACCAUCUUCUACUUUCACGGUUUUCCCAGCAGCCACGACGAAGCCUUCAUCUUUCACGAAGCAGCCUGUAAGCACGGCGUCCAGCUCAUUGCCCUCGACCGCCCAGGCCACGCCGGCUCGACGUUCCAGCCAAACAGACGCAUCAUCGACUGGCCCGUCGACGUUCUUGCCGUCGCGGAUCACUACCACAUCCAAGGGUUUGGCGUUCUAGGUCUUUCGGGCGGCUCUCCCUAUGUUUUGUCAUGUUGGAACAUCAUACCCCGUGACCGCUUGGUGGCGGCGGGCAUCUGCUCUGGACUGUACCCUCCGUCUCUGGGUUUCGCGGGAAUGUUGCUUCAAGGCCGCGCGAUGCUGACGCUCGCGCCGUGGAUCGCACCAGUCGUGGCCUGGGGGAUGGAUUGGACGUUGUGCAGGGCCGCCCGUGACGAGGAACACCCCGAGAGGCUUGAGCAGACUGUCUUGGAGGAUCUGAAAUCUCGCCCUGCGGCUGACCUCGCUGUUUUGGACCCGGACUUGGGCGGCGUUCGGUCGGCCAUGGUGGCUAGCGUUCGAGAGGCGAUGAAGCCUGGCGGAAAAGGGCCGGCGGAAGAUGUAAAACUGGCAGGGAGUCAUUGGGGGUUUGAGCUGGAGGAUUUGCACGUCCAGAAGAGCGAAAUGACUUGGUGGCACGGCGCCGAGGAUGCGAAUGUGCCAGUAGCCAUGGCGCAGAAGGCCUCAAAAUGCGUCCCAGGCGCCGAGUUACGGAUUUCUUAUGACGAGGGCCACGUCAGUCUCGCCAUCCACAAGGCCGAGGAAAUAAUAUGCGACCUGGCGCGCGCAUUGCUGAUGAAGAGUUAA